AUUAUUUGUUUGAGCUGUUACAUUUGUUGAUUGCUUACAGAUCGUUAUUUAAUUUGUUAAUUCAUGAAUAACAAUAACAGCUUGGUGACACAAAGAGUCAGUGGCGCUGGUCGUGGCAAUUUGGAUAGAGCUUUGCGCUCAUAUUACCAUGGUGAUAAUGAGCUCAAUCAAUAUUUUGAACAAUCGCUUGUGACCCAGGGCGCCGCGAAGUUGUGCGGCAAUGCUGCAUUAUCAGCGCUAGCGGAUGAGACCGGAAAUGGGAAUGAAAAUGAACAAGUCACAAAACAUGUUUGUGAUGAUGUUGAAUUCACCUAUUUGACGCCAUCAUCUAAGAGAGCGGCUCUCGAUGUGUUGGCUGCCAUAUUUAAAAACGAGGAUUUGAAUGUCGUCCGCUUUUUGGUGAUCUGUGAGCAGGCGGAUGAGGCAGCCGAUUGGAUGCAAGAGUUGGGCAGGCGCAGCGUUGGCUGCCUUUUGUUAAACGAGCCCAAAAAGUUUAUUGACUGCGUCCGCUUGUGGACUGACGGCUCACUUAACUCGGUGCUGAUUGUAUGCGAUCUUGUGUUGGAGCUGCUUGUGCAGUGUAGAUCUUUGAGAGUCAACUACUUGAUACACUCGACACAGCCAUUGCCGCAUGUGUUUCAAAAGCGUCUCGAUGCCUUGAUACCGAUACCACGCAAGGGCAUACAAGUGCUGGUCCUCAGAUGCCCGGCAGCGAACCAGUUGCAAUAUAUAGCUGCAGAACAAGUGUCUCCCAAAGCCGCAGCAUCGAACGGUCGGGCAAGCAUAAGUCUAUCGGAGCUGAGUGCAACAGCAACAUUAGCAGCAUCAACUAAAAAACGUAGCCCAAUGCUAAAUAAAGAGUAUUCAGUCGAAGAUGCGUUGCCUGGCUCGGAUGCAAUACCCCAAACCAUGUCAAGCCCUACGCCCUCUGACACAUCAACAUCUUCUGAUGCAUUCGAUCCUGCUCACAAAUCGCUCACUCUGCAACCCGGUGAAGAGCAGUUCGAUACGGCCACCGGCUGUGUUCACACAUAUAACAACUUCGGCAUCUUUGCCUGGAGUCGGUCGGAACAAAUUUCGUGCUUUAACAUAAGUGAAGUGGCCGCAAUUGGACCGACCAUCAAGGCAGCCAUGCAAGUGCUUAACAUUGGACAUGCCCGCGCCAAAAGUGUGCAGCGCUACGCCUGGACGCAUGUAGCUGCUGGUCGCUCCAUGUGCGCAAUCGGCAAUGAGUCAAUUGGCAAAACAUGGUGCUAUUUGCCCACGCUGUGUCAGCGCAAUAUUCAGGAGUCGAAGAAUCGUAAAUUCGACGGCAGCGACUAUGGCCCCAGCAGCAUUAUCCUAUGCGCAAAUGCUCAGCAGGGCGAGCAAAUUGGUAAAUGGUGCUUGGACCUGCUGGGCAUGCAGCGCGACGAUAUGGAGCACGUGAUCAAGUUAUUCAAGCAUACCAGUGCUUACGUGGUUGCCCAACGUAUGACACGUCCCUGCGGCAUUUUAAUUACAACUGUGGAGCAGCUAGGGCACAUAUAUCAAUUGCAUAGCAAGUCGGUGCCCAUUUUUAAUCCGCGCGUCUUACGCUGUCUCGCCUUUGAUGGCAUCGAUAUCAUGUGGCGUAACAGCCGAAUCCCUUGCGAGAAAGUUACACAAUGGCUAUUUAAUAUUCUGCGCUUCGAGGAAGGCCACGCUCAGCUGUUCGUCGUUGGACGUUUGUGGAUCGAACGGUUUAUGUGUCGUGUCUUACCAAAAUUGCCUGAUGUGUUGCUCUUGUUCGAGGAUGCGCUAGAAGCCACUGUAUUUAACGGCCUGAAACUGGAAAUGCUGACAACAAAGCCCCAUCAACAUGACCAGGAUAUAUUGGCUUUGCUGCAGAACAAAAAACUAGAUGAGCUUCGCGUGGUGCUAGCAUGCCAAGGCAAACCUGACGCAUCGAAGCUAAGCAAACUACUUUCCGACGCGAACAUCAGUAGUAUAAUAAUAGACAAACAAGAUCGAUGUUCAGAGAUCGCAUAUGCCGAAUGGUCCAAAAAACGUAAGGCCAGCGUGUUAAUUACCAUUGACGAUGUGGUUCCCAAAUUGCGAAGCGGGAGUAUUGACUGUUUAAUCCACUACGACUAUAACAACUGGCCACGUUUUAAGGCACGCUUCAGCCUGUUCUAUGGUAAUUACAAAACACAAACAAAAAACUCCACUACUGCAGCCAUAUCCAUAAUGCAUGUUGGUCUUGGUGAUGUUGAGCAAACAUGGCUUAUAUGCGAUUUUAUGCUGAAGCACAAUCGUUCUCCGCCCGACUCCUACAUGUCUAUGCUGACGGAAUAUCGCAGGAAUUGCGAACUCGAUCAACCGCGUUCUAAUUUGCCGCUGUGCCGCCAUCUGAUGGCCUAUGGCAACUGCUAUCGUCACACGUGCCAAUAUCGGCACAUCUUGUGGGAUUUUGAGACGGUGCCACCGGAUCACCAUCCAAAAAAAGGAGAUAUGGAAUUCUACGUGCUUGCAAGCGUAACGCCAGCCCAAACUGCUGCCAAGCUAACUAAGGACAAAAUUGCGAAAUACUUUUUUAGCAUGCCCGUUACCAAGCUGGGCGAAAGCAUUCAAUUGCACUACGAGAAUCCGCUCAAUCGACAAGUGCAUUUGAAUCCCAAGGUUGGCGAUAUAUGCGUGUUAAAGCUAAACAAGCUAUAUCAACGGGUGGGAGUCACACGCAUGAAUACUGGAGGUCAAUGUGAUGUCAGACAACUAGAUGCUGGCGUUGAGUUUUCAUUGAUACACAAAUCGGAGCUGCUUGUGUGCGAUGAGAAGUUUAAGGACGCAUCCUUUGAGGCCUACGACCUGCGCAUCACUGGUCUAGCGCCCUUCAAUAUGGAGCGCAUUUGGCCAGAGGAUGCCAAAAGAUUGGUACGCCGCAAAUUCUUCAAUCGACUUUUGGGAAAGCCAUGUCGCACUUUUACUGCUAAGGUCGAUUUUGCUUUUCAUGAAAUCAUUUUCGUGGAGAAUGUGUACGACGAUGCCGGCAAUGACCUGAAAAGUUUUGUGCUCAAAAAUAUUCCCGUACUCCUAGAUAAAGAUGUGAAGACGCGCCUGCAAAAUGUGGUUUCCACAGCCAAGCCGUUUUGUUAUGAAGAGCUCGCAAAUCCUGCGAGUCCUUAAGAAUUUGAAUCUCUUGCAAUUAUAUCAAACUAUUUGCUCAUAUUUACAUUUAUCCAAAGACUGCCAUUUGGCAACAUUGGGCGCAAAUUUUUAAAUUGUAAAACUUGACUAUUUAUUUCCUUGUUUGUGAUUAUACAUUUUGUAAACCGUACGAUGCUUAAGUAAGAACCAAACAGUUUUAACGUUA